AUGAAAGAAUUCAAUUUUCUGCUUUUUCACAAGCUCCUUCCCAAGCCGGAGCAGAUCACCGAUGAAGACUGUGAUGUUUUUUGGAAGGAGUUUAACACUUUUUUCAUUGAACUUUUAGAAAAAGAGCAGUAUCAAACAUUGAUUAAAUUAUUUUCAUUGUCAAAAUCACCUAUAAAGCUUUUUUGCAAGAAAAUCGAUCCAUCUAUUCAUAAAGAAAUUGUUUUACGAUUAUACAAGAUUAUUACUACGAUUCCAGUUUUAUCCUACGGCUUAGUUUACGAAGCAGCCGAAUUUAUGGCAACCUUUCUCUUUUACAAGCCCGUUAAAGAUAUUACAGUUGAGUGGAAACCCUUGUAUAAGAUGUAUCGAUACAUUACAAUUAAAUCGCCUUCAAGUUUUGUCGUUGAAUCCGAUGACUUGACCUCGAAUCUUUUUAAGAUCAUGGGCUCCCUUAAUUCUUGCUAUCCCGUAGGAACAAUGGACCAAUUAUUCACUAAAUUUUUGCCAAAAAUUGCACCACACGCUGUAGAUUCGACAGUAUACUUAACCAUGAUAAGCAAAAUGCUCCCACAAAACGAUAACUCUUUCCAGAAAUGGCUACCAAACAUUCGAGAUUUGUUGAUAGACUACGGGAGCUUAAUACAACUUAUACCCCUCGUUAGCAUAUUCAAUACUUUUAUUAGUAAGAACACUGAAUACGACUUCAAUGAUUUCUUAACGCCGAUAGUCGUCAAUUUAUGCAGUAUAUUACUUACUCAACAAGGUCCAGGCCACUUGAGCUACGAGUUUUCGACUGUCCAGUUCAACCUUGAAGACGUCGAAGGAUCGAUACCCCGACUUCUCGCUAGAUCGCUUGUUUAUUUGAUGGUGUCGCCACCAACGAGAGAACAAGCAAUCGAGAAAAUGAAAUUGAUUAUGGAGUCUGCGCAAACAAUAUCAAAGGAUAGCAGCAGCUCAGAUGAUAAAUUUACGAAAUUUAUUUUCCAAACUUUAUCAUGUAUAAAUUCUAUACAGCGAAAGAGUAAGGAUGACGCUACUCAGCUAUCUCUUAAAUUUACUGACGAGCAAUUGCAUACAAUAUUAAUGCCAAUUGUAGAUACUUUAAUUUGCCUCCUCAAAUCUCUCAAUAUUACUCGCGCUUCUGCAACCAUUAAAUCUAUUCGAUUAAUUAUGAACAUGGAUACAUCAUUUACGCCAAGAUUUUACGAGUUUGCCGACCUUUGCAUUUCUUACCCAGAUGCGCAAGCAAUUGGCUACAUCGGAUGGAACAUUAUGUCAGCAAUAAUGGCAGAUAUUACACAAUACGAUUUCUUGCUUGCAAAUAUGGGCAGAAUUUUCGAAAUUGCAAUUUCAAAUUUCUACAGAUCAGAUACUCAACGACCUUUAACACACGCGAUAUAUACAAUUACCUCCCUCAUUCCAUUCAACCACGUAAAUGGCAAUCCUGCCGUUGAUUACGUCGAUUUUACAGGUUUAACUGAGCGUUUUAUUAUGGCAUACCUCGAUAUUAUAUCGCGAUUACCGGCUUUCAAGGGUAAGCAGGCUCCGAUCGACGCCUCAUUUUGCGAAUUAAUUCGAACAAUUUUCGAUAGUAUUUUCCAAGACGGGGAACCAACGAUUUUUACGGUUUUAAAGCCAAUAAUAUUUGAUGCAAUUCAAGAUACAUCGUAUUCUCACGUACUCAAAUUAAUUACUUCUUUAGUUGCGAAAUAUUUCGAAAAUGUACCCAUAGAAAUCUACAACGAAGGCAUCGAAUUAUUCAAGAAUUGCUUAAGGACACGCCACGAUGUCGCUUCUAUUUGCUACAUUUUACAUUUAUUUGGUAUCGUAAGUACAAGAGGCUCAAAAUGCGCCGACGACGUCAGAAAGAUAACUGCCGUAAUACUACCACUCACACAGCACCAAAAUAAGAAGGUAAAGAAGUGCGCUUACAAAGCUUUGGCAUUUGCUAUUACUCCAUGGGCUUGUACGCCAAUUACAACGACGAUAAACGCUAAGCAAGGCGAAUUCCGACCAAUUAGCGAGUUUACGGUCCAUGCAAAAGAAAAAUUUGAUGUCAAUGAUGUGGCAUUAGAGUGUUUUAACCCAUUAUUCGACUAUCUACUGACAGAAACAGAUGCUAACAAGGUCACUUCCGCCAUCAGACCAGCUCUUUAUGCGUUACAGGCGUUAUGUGAUUUCAUUUUCGACAUAAGCGAAGGAGAUUUGAGCAUGUUACCAAUCGCAACAAGGAUCUCAUAUUUUAACGGUAAGGAAUACACCAAGAAAUCGAUUCCUUUCAAAGAUAAAUUUAUGAAGGUUAUAAUUCGUUUGAUGAGAGACUUCCCAGACAAUCCAUUACUCAUGAGGAAGCUUAUCCCCACAACUUCCAACAUUUUUAUCCCCAUGAUUGCCUUGACUUUCAACGUUCCUGAUUCAAUGGACCAAUUAUCUGCCCAGUUCUGGCCAUGCGAAAGAGAGAACAACCUUGCGGUCAAGUCCAUCAUAACCCCGAUAGUUAAAUGGCUCCAUCACCGUAGGAUGACCUCACAUUUACUUCCAGCAACAGAUUUGAUCAAACAAUUCUUCUCAGCUUUACUUCCUUUGGCAACAUCAAGAUACAAACCAAUCAGAGCUGUUGUCAGAGAGGUUCUUGCCUGCGUAGGAGACUUCUAUUCAUCAGUUUAUUCAGAAGAAGUUUUCAAAAUCGUUGAAAAAUCGUCAGAAAUCCCAACAGAUGAGUUCAUUGAUUUCAUGACUAUUCCUAUUAUCUUCUCCAUCAUCUCCAGCAACUCACAAAUCCUUUGCCAUGCGAUUUACAGAGUUCUUUCCCAAUUUGAUAUCAAAGAUCAAGAAUCGAUCAUUUCUUUCCGCCAGUUCUUGACAACAAACUGCGUAAGAGCUCCCAACUACGACAAAUGUGAUGUAUCUGCAUUCAACGAACUUCUUGAUAAAAUCCAAAAUUUGUUAUUAACAGUUCACGUGCAGAACAAGAUCUUCCAUCACAUUAUCUUGCUUGCUCUCAUCAUAAUAUUGAGGAAUAACAUUCAAAUACCUCAAUUCUUCCAAGAUUAUAUCUUAGAUUGUGCUUCUUCACCUGAUUCUGACACUGCAUCCAAUGCAUAUCUAUGUAUAAUCAUCAUGUUCAAAGGAAUACCACUUGAACAAGUCAAAAAACCAAACAAUUUCACACCAAAACUUGAAAGUUUCCCAGAUAUCAUUGGAAGUUGUCAAUUGGCGUUUAACGAUAAUUGUAAACUCAGUGAUAUUGUUGAGAACGUUUUACCUGAUCCCAUAGAUCAAGUUGGUGAUGAAUGUAUGAUGCAGAUGCCAUCAAUUGACGAGAUCGUUAUGAUGUUAAGAGAACAAGGAGUUCCUGAAGAACAAAUUCCCGAUGCAGUUGACCAAGUAAUGGAACAAAUGCAGCAGAUGAUUAUCAGUCAGCAGCAACAGCAGCAUCAGUCAAUGCAGAUGCAAAUUGACAUGCAAAUGCAGAUGCAAGGAAUAGAUCCUGAUAAAAUGACUGAUGAACAAGUUUUGGCUGUUUUAAAUGGAGAACAAAGUGUUCACGACAUAGCAGAUAAUGGUUGCGAAAUGGAGAUUGAUGAAGGAGAACUCGGAGAACAAACAAUGAUUUAUAAUGAUGGAUCAAUGUCAUCAGCAGAAAAUGAUAAAAACGCAAUGCUCGUGAUGUCAAAUGAUUCAGACAUCGGAGUUGAUGGCGUUGUAAUGCAACAGAGUCCUACAACAGUCAUUGACAAAAUCUAUGAAGCAAUAGAAAACAUGGAGUUGUAUUGGGAUGAACCAAAUAUUCCUUCUUAUUUCUAUUCGCAAUCCGCUGGAUGGAAUUUUUAUCCAAAGAACGAAAUGAUCAAAAAAUUCCCUCAAAACACUCCAGACGUUGCUCCUGAAGCUAUUCUAAGGAUAAUUAAUUCAUUCUGCGCUGUUGAUUCCGAGAAACACGUCGUGAUACAGAGCUUCCCAAUACUGAUGAGUUAUUUGGCAAUGACGUUCACUGAAGAAAUUGUUGAUUUAAUUGCUGAUCAUGUCAAAAAAUUAUUAUCAUAUAAUUUGUCUGUUUUCGCGAUUCCGACAUUCGCUUAUUUACUACAAGGUGUUAGUUUAGCUGCUCCUAAAUUAGAUUUCCAGAUCUACAAGAGAUUUGUCCACAAAGUCGCUCUCCCAAUUAUUUGUGCUUGUUCUUUGAAUUUGCAAUUUGCUGAACAAAGUGAUGGAAUUUUCUUGGUCAUGUUCAGUGAGCAAAUCAUGGAUUACGCUUCUCCUUUGAUCAAUUUGUUGUUUGAGUAUUCAACAAUAUCUCCUAAUGAUUCAACAAUCAUUACAAGAUCGUUCUUCAACCAUUUGAACACCAUCUUUUGUUCAAGACCAACUUCAUUUUUCGUUAAUUUCGAUUUGAUUGUUGACAAAUUCUUACAUCCUUUCUUCAGUGGAUUGAACAGCUUCAACAGAUCAAUUAACUCAGAAUUUGCUUGUCUUUUUGUUAUGCUUGUUGAAUCUACAUGCAUCAGACAAUCAUCUGCAUUAUAUUCUCCAAUUCUUGAAGAGAAAAGGAACAAGUUAAUCAAUGAAUUCGAUGACGCAUUUAGUAAAAUAAAUACAUCGAAUAAAAACGCUCAAGGAGUUAUCAUUGUUUUCUUGAGUUAUGUCUCCAUGUCAUCUGUUAUGGCUGUAGAAGUCCUUGCUCCUAUCAUUCUCAAGCACCAGAGAAUCAUAUUGAUGGCGAGUAACCAAACAGAUGAAGAAACAGAAGAUGCGAUCUUUUCAACAAUUUUGAAUUUUACAAUGCAUCAAUAUUUCUUGUACAGACCUGAUUUACUUGUUGAUUACAUAGAUUUGAUUAUAGGAAACAUGAAUAGAUUGAGUCUGCCUCUCCAAAUGAAAAUGAUCUUCCAUAUUUUAACGAUUAUUACUAUGGAUGCAUUUGCUUUUAAUUCCAAACAAUAUGAUCAUUUCUAUGAUAUAAUGUUAAAGUUCAUUUCUGAAUGUACAAAUGAGAACUUGAAGGGAGAAGCAUUGGCUGUUUUGGGAAGAAUCAUGUUAGCAACGAAGAAGAAGACACAGCUCAAUGAGUUAACAGCUGCUGCAGUUCUAAAUGCUGCUUUGAUAUUCGAUGAAUGCGACCAAAUAAUCAUCGACGCAUUCGAAGUUGUCAAAGAUAAGUUGGAAGGAAAAAGUGCUAAUAAAACACUUUUGAAGGACUCCGUGUCGCUGUUCUGGAAACAGCACUCGUUCUCCGUUACUCCUAAGGUUGAGGCAAUGCUUGAACCUUAUAGAACAUUGGUCCCUCCUUCUUACAUCACAUAA